CACGAACUGAUGGUUGCCUUUUCUGUAGAUCCACCAUCCAACCGAGGGAAUUCUCCCGUAGAUUGAGUGGUCCCUGGUCUAGUCCUAAUCUAGUUCUUUCUAAAUAGUGGCAUGAGUAUAAAACGAAACCCCUAUCUCGUGGUCAUUUGAGAAUCCUUUCAUAACACAAUCUUUAUUUGUGAAUCGAUCCUAGGUUUCAAACAUGGUCGCCAGUCUCAAACUCGCCCUCGUCGGCUUGCUCGGUGCGGCUGCCGUCCAAGCAAUUCCCGACACUGUCCCCGAACUCGAUGUCAUUGCCACAUCCACUCUCGAGGAGCGUGCUUCCACUUGCACCUUCUCCGGCUCCAAGGGUGCAGCUUCUGCGAUCAGUUCCAAGACCUCCUGCUCGACUAUUGUCUUAUCUUCCGUGGCUGUCCCCGCUGGCACCACUCUUGAUCUGACCGGAUUGAAGAAGGGAACCACGGUCAUCUUCGAGGGAGAAACUACCUUCGGUUACAAAGAAUGGUCCGGUCCUCUGGUCUCUGUCUCCGGAACUGACAUUACUGUCAAGGGAGCCUCCGGUUCGGUCCUCAACGGAGACGGUGCCCGCUGGUGGGACGGAAAGGGAACCAACGGCGGCAAGACCAAGCCCAAGUUCUUCUAUGCUCACAAAUUGAUCAACUCCAAGAUCGAGAACAUCACGAUCAAGAACUCCCCCGUCCAGGUCUUCAGCAUCAAUGGGGCCAACGGCCUUAACCUGGAUGGAAUCACUGUCAACAAUGCCGAUGGUGACAGCAAGGGCGGCCACAAUACCGACGCCUUCGAUAUUGGCUCCAGUACCGGUGUCUACAUCACCAAUCCGGUUGUCCACAACCAGGAUGACUGCUUGGCAGUCAACUCGGGCACGGAUAUCUCCUUCACUGGAGCCCAGUGCACUGGAGGCCACGGUAUCUCGAUCGGCUCCGUGGGUGGUCGAUCGGACAACGCGGUUAACAAGGUCAACAUUGAGAACUGCAGCAUCAAGAACUCCCAGAACGGUGUCCGCGUCAAGACUGUCUACGGCGCGACGGGCUCGGUCAAGGGCGUCACCUACAAGGAUAUCACACUGUCCGGAAUCUCCAAGUAUGGUAUUGUGAUCGAGCAGGACUACGAGAACGGCAGCCCCACUGGAACUCCUACCAACGGUGUCCCCAUCACCGGUCUCACCCUGAACAACGUGAAGGGUACCGUUGACAGCAGCGCUACCAACGUGUACAUCCUGUGUGCCUCGGGAGCUUGCUCUGGCUGGACCUGGAACAGCGUCAGUGUCAAGGGUGGCAAGACCAGCUCAAAGUGCAAGAACGUCCCUAGCAAUGCCAAGUGCUAAAUAGCAUAUAAGGGGUGUUGGUGAGCAAUGUCGGAGAGCAGGUUGCGCGUGGCAUCUAAUCGCGUGCAGUGGAAGUUUUGGAGGGGAUUUGUAUAAUAUAGAAUAAUACUCAUAGUGCUACAAGAAACUUUCGGGACACUUUGACUCUCAGCCGAUCUGGAAAAGCACUUGAUGAGUACAAAAUGC